UUGAAACAGGCGGGAUCCCAAUUAGUUACUUUUGUUUAAGAGUUUUAAGUAAAUCGCAUAUAUCUUUGUGUUUUGUUUGUGGCAGUUGAUAAAAAUAAGUUAUUAUGUCCUCUCAACUGCACCAAAUCUCGACGUUGUGUGCAGAACUACGCUCGGAAAAGCCUCCAACUCGUAACAAAGCUGCUGAACGCUUAGAUACAAUAUUGGUGAAUUCUAAAGACGAACUGAUCCAGCGGCUUCGGCUUAAACAUACGGACGAUAUUACUUGGAAUGAAAUAUUCUGCAGUACUGUUGAUUCGGUGCUCAAGCACGCAGCUAAGGUCGUUGAGUUGAAGGAACAAAAAAGUAUCCAAGCCAUGUUGAAUAAAAAUCACGUCUACCGUUCAGUUAUUCAUAAGCUUAUCGAUUAUAAUUUGGAGAAUUCAAAUAACUUCCUAUCGAAAUCUGCAAUUUACCAAGCAUUUUGUAACGGCUUUAGCACAACUAGCGCUGUGAAAAUUUUUGGUAGCUUGUUUAUUCAGAUUCUUGAACGGGGGAUUUAUAAAUCUCCCUCCUAUGUACGGGAACUUAAAGUGGAUGAAUAUAAUAAUAUACUUUCGAAUUUGUUUGAGUUAACUAUUCCGGGUGAUGAUAUUCUGCACUUCGAGGUUCUAAGCUGCAUUGUAAAAACGAUUGAAUUAGCUGUUCAGUAUGUUCAUAUACAAGAUGAAAUCAUUGCAUACUUGCCGGAAAUUUUGCCAUUUGCGCGCAGAGCAAAUGAUGACCGAAAAAAAUCAGAUGUAAUAAAAUUGUACUAUUUUUUUAUAUCUCAGCUAACUAUAGAUUAUCAUCAUUCAGUCUGUGAAUCGUUACAAGAUAUUUUACCAGUAAUGUGUGAUAUUUAUAAUGUUCAAUUGAAGCCAGAAGUAAAAGAAAUAUUUUAUUUAUCCAUAUACUCUUCUAUACAUGCAAUAUAUCCGCACAUCACAAAUGGUAGUUUUAAAACUAUACAAAUAGCCUUAAAAGACAAUUGGCCGAAGACUUUAAACAAACUCAAAUCAAUAGUCGAUUUGGAAAUUAGAGAACGCAGUAUGGCUAUUCAACGACCAAAUCAGCCUGGGCGGGAGAAAUGUCUGGAGCACUUCAUUGAAAUGGCUAGCGUUAUUGUAUAUGUAUUGUUUUGGCAUAUUAAUGAUAAAACCGAUUUAUCAGUAGGUGACCAACCUAUAAACAAGAUGGCAAAAAUUUCAGAUAAAUUGGACAUUAUGUUACAACUUGUUCAGCAUGACAAUACCUUCAACGAAACUUGGUUUGCAAUACUAGGUGUCCUACUAGGUAAUCAACAAAAUGUUAUUAAUCUCACCAAUUACCCAGAGUUGCUACAAGCCAUUUCAAAUAUAACAAACGUUUCUUCGAAUGCAAUGACUUGGCGCAGCAUACGUCGUGGUUUGACGGCGGUUUUGAUGUUUGAAGAAAACGGGAUUUUAGGGGUUAAUAAAGUUUAUGUCAGUUAUUGUACUGAUAAGUGGAAUAAAAUAGUUAAUUUUCUCAUUUCCGAAUCAUCAGAAAACAAUAAUAUUAUAACAGAAAAACAACUAUUAUUACAAGCCUUGAUAAAACACGGCAAGCUCUCAUCUGAAGCAAGUAACAAACUAAUCCAAUCUAUUAUAAGUAACAGUAUUCUGAGACGAGCUGAAGCUUUUGAAACUAUACGCCAAAUUUUGAUACAUGCUGACAUUUGCGGAGUAGAUAAAAAUUCCAAAACCAUUGAAAAAAUUAUAAUUUGGGCUUACGAGAUUAACGAUAAAAUAAAUGCUAGGAGCAUGCUACUGAAUAUUGCUCCUGUUGACGUUACGCUUAUUAACGACACCUGUGCGAUUGCUGUUACGAAUUUCUUGAAUGAACAGCAAAUAUUUCCAUCAACAACUUACAGAGAUGAUUUUCAAAUGAAUUACUAUAAUUUAAAUUUGCUUCAGUACAAAUAUAACAUUAAAUUUGUUUGCUUAGAAGAGCAUGGCAAACCAUUGAAGUCAAUGCAAACAUUCCUUCAGGCAAAGAGUGCUAAGUCCAAACCCUUGAAUAAUUGCUUAUUUCAAAACACGUAUGAGUUACUGAUGCGUACUGUAAACCUAGAAAUUUCAAAAGAAACUACGUGUGCCAGUAUUAUUUCGGACAUGUCGUCUUUGUACAAACUAGCAGAUCUAAUGAAAGCUUUACUGCAUUAUGAAGUGUUUACAAAAGCCAAUCUAAGCCAGUGUCCACUAAUUAAGCGUGUGGGAUUUUUCCUUAGUCAUAUGGAGUUUCAAUUGAAAAGCAAUGAGCCACAAAGUAUGGAACGCACAGAAUUAUUGGAAAUUUUGCAGCAUUUGGAACCGUUUGUAAAAACGUUUACUUCCAGUGAGGUAUUAUUACAGUUUUUAGAAACGCAACCUCUGGAGGAGUUGAUUAACUUUUUGGGAAUGAGUUUAUUGCAUAGUGCUUCUCAGCAUGUGCGAAGUAAGUCCGCUGACUGGGCCGAUGUUCGUUUCAUAUCGCUGCGCAUUCUCGCCGAAUUAUGUGCUAGUAGUACUUAUCAAAAAGAUGCAUUCCAUCGUAUAUCGCGCUAUGUUUUCAAUAUUCGUAAUGACUUAGACACUCUUCUUCCACUCAUACAAAUAUUUUGUAUGCAAAAAAGGAAACCCGAUCAAGAAAACUGCCCAAUAGGCGAAUGGUUCGUAGAUAAAUUAAAAGUCAUAUUCAGGUUGUAUUACAUGGACCUGAAAAUCAUUGGCAGAUUAGUUGAGAUGCUUCCAGAAAUCUUCGAAUAUGUCUACCCAAACAAUGAGCUCUUAGAUAACAUGUUCGUGGCAUUAACAUCCUUACUUAAAGUCGCUUAUAAAAAGAAUUAUUCUGCAAGAAUAACAAGCAAUUUAAUAAAAAGUGUCCGACAAAUUUCGCGUCAAUGCGAGGGAAUCUGGACACGAGAAAGCUUUUUAAAUAUUUGCACAUCUGUGAUGAAAUUUUUGUCUUUCCCAUCUCUUCAAAUCCAGUUUUCGGUGAUAAACACGAUAACAUCAUUAAUGGAUUCUAAUUGGUUGAAAAGCUCAACAUCAUCUAUUUAUAUUAAUGAGCACUAUAAUAUGUGUCAGGAGCUGUUUUCUACAAUAAACUGGACAAAUUUAUUAGAUUCUACCACAGAUUUAGCACAAAAUCGAGCAGCGGUAGUAAUGCAACUCUUAGUGGCUCUUAUUGGUUUCAGUUCUUAUUAUCAGGAAAAUGCCUUAAAGGAGUUGGCCAAUUGUUAUGCUUCGAAAAAAUUUACAGAAGCCGACUUCAAAGAGUUUACUCAAAUUUGUGACUUCUUUGGCUGUACGCGAUAUCAGUUGACAAAACCAUAUAUGAACAGUUUAAUAAGAGCAUGGCUAGCUAAUAAUUGGCCAAUUUUAAAAUAUCCAUAUUUUCUGUGUUACCCAAGCAGAGAUGAAUUUAUCUCGCAUAAUAUUUCAAUUAUUGUGGCUUAUACGUUAUUAUAUGUCCCAAACGGAGAUUUGAAAAAACUUAAUAAAUAUGCAACCGAUGAAGAGCUUAUAAAGUCUGCCGCUCCUAUAUUACAAGCGUUCAUGUUACCGCAAAAGGCAUUUUGUCCGGAAGCACAAUCUGAAAAAUACAGGAAGCAUAUCAGCAUAUUAAAUGAAAAUGCAAGGCGAUUGGGGAUGGAUUUGCAGCAAACAAGAAAUAAUAGUUCUAAUAUUCAUUGGAAAACUCUAUAUUUUUGCUACAGUCUUUUAAAAGUCGAUGAAUCUGCCACAGGAUCCUUUGAAUUUCCAAUUCUUCAUGGUACAUCAUCGUGGUGUCACUUGAGUCACAAAAGCCUACAACAAUGUCUUACUUUAUACCUGAUCGAAAAGGUGGAUGCUGACGAAUACGACCCAAAAGCGUUUUUCGCUCCCAUUUGCCACAAUCCACUCGAAUUUUUAAAAGUUCUUGGUGCUCUAAAAGCAGAUAUUUAUUGCUGUAUAUUCCCAAAUGAGAAAAUAUUAUACUUUUAUAAAUAUUGCAUAGCAGUUGAUAUGAUUAUUGAUUCCAUUAUGACGCGUAUUACUUCGAAAAGAGAUACCAAUAUUGCGGACUACUAUAUUCGUGAUGCAAUAUUAUUUAUCACUCAAUUCCUUCAAAAAGUUCAAUAUAUGGAAUUGCACCAAGCGGGACUUCUUUUUUUGCAGUAUCUUUUCGAAAAGCCAAUUAUGUCUGUUGGUGAAGGCAAAAAAGUAAUUAGUGAUCAUUUGAAUGAAAUUACAAAAUGCUUAAUAGCCAUCACUGAUAGUAACAGUGUGUCAGAGAAGACAAAAUUGCCCUUAAAAUUAUUACAUCGCUUAAUUGCCGAAUUUGGCGACAGCGCUAUGAUUUUUGAUCAACUUCCUGAAACAGAAAACUUUGCUGAGCUAUGUGAAAUCCAAACCAAACGAUCAGCCUCACCAAAUAAUAUAAAAGAUCUUUUUAAAAUUUUGGAGUCAUCCAUGCUAAUUCAAAAAUGUGGUAGUGGCACCUUGGGAACAAUAAGGCAAUAUAUAGCCAAACAGAAAGCGGAACUAUGCGCAGAAGGUAUGCUGUUCUCUGAUUUGAUUGGGCGCCUUCUUGAAGUGGCCUGCAAUGCCGAAAAUACAAAUUUACGUCUGGAAGCGGCAAAAUGUCUUGGAGAAUUAGGCUCUCUUCAAAUAGCAGAUGCAACUUUUUAUUAUCAAACCCACUCUUCAUUUUACGAUAAUGUUGCAAGUCCAGUGGACCGGAACGAACUCUUCUCUAUGAGUCUCGGAAAGAUAUUAGACAAAAUGUUAAUGCAAUUUGAAGCAAACACAUACGAGGUUCUGUUCAAGGUAGCAAGUCAUUUAACCAAUACGAAAUUCGCAAAAUCGAUUAUAGGACUCUAUCCAUAUUUGGCAAUUUUUCAAGGCGGCAACAAGACUAAGCAGGAGUGGAAUCCAGACGCUGGCAAUGUUUCUAUUGAUUGGUUAUCAAUUUUAAUAUCAACGGAGUCGCUUGUGUGGAAUAAAUGGAUUUGUGUAUUUGUUAGUAAAAUUUUCGAAAGUUGCGGUUGGACAGCUCUUCGCGACUUGGCAUCGCAAGAUAUAUAUUUUGCAAAUGAAAUUCUACUGCCCUUCAUUACAUUGAUAAUGUACAAUAAAGCGCAGCACAUGGACAAACUUAUGUCUAUGCUCGAGCAUUAUUUCAAAGAGCUGCAUUUGAUUCUUGAAAAGGGUAGAGAUCACACUAUUCGAGAGAUUUUCAAGGAUAAACGAAUAAUAAGAAUAUUUCUAAGCAUAUGUGAAUGCAUUCGCAUAAAUAAUGACAGUGCGGUGCCAAUGAAUUUGCUGUAUGUUGCUAAAGCUAGCAAUCAUUGUCAGGCGUAUUUUAUGACAAUUAUUUACACGGAGUUGUGGGCAUUAUCGGAAUUUACCUCGAACGAUACGCAGACAAAGUUAGAGGAUAGUUUAAGAAAUGCGGCAUUUCAGGAAAUUGCCACAAAGGCGUAUAAGUCUAUUGGAUGCUAUGAUGCCAUUUCGGGAAUUAUCUCUCCCUUACAAUCUCGUCUCGAGUUUCUUGAUUUGAGUAAUAAUUGGUCUGAAAUGUUACUUCAAAACUCAUUCACUAAUGCAACGACAAAUACCCUGUGUACUUCAGCAUUGAAACGAAAUGGAAUUCUAAGUCUAGCUGAUCUGGGCAAUAGAAACAUGGACAAUAGUGUUGACUAUGAGGUUUGUUGGCGACUAUGUCAAUGGGAUGUUCCUGUGGAGGGGCAUUUGAAAGUGAAUAUUGAAAAUGAUCCAGAAGAGGAAUUUAAGAAACAUCAUUUCAACGCUUUGAAGUGCCUAUAUAAUCGUGAGCAACAAAAUUGUUUAGCAGCCAUUGGAAAUGCGCGACAAUGCGUAAUAUACAGCUUGAUGGGGAUAAGCAUUGAAUGCCUGCAAAGUGUAUAUAAAUAUCUUACCUGGUUGCACAUACUUCAGCAGACUGAGGACUUUUGUCAAGUUCAAUUUACUCCUGAAGUAGAUAUAAAAUCGAUAUUUGCAAAAUGGCAAGUGGAAAAUCAACUGAAAUAUGGCAGUUUUAAUUGCAAAGAACUUGUUCUAUCUCAUGAAAUUACACUUUUCAACACAGCGGGAGUGCGUGGAAAAAGAAGAAUAAUAGAUUACUUCAAAUAUAAUCCUAUCGAAACAUCACUUUUAAACGUCAUUAAGGAGUGCAAAAGGUCGGGCGAGAUAAAUUUAGCUAAACGCAAUAUAUUAGCGCUCAGGGACACAGAAAUCACAAAUGAACACAUUAAGCUUAAUAUAUUGCUAGAGGAUGCCGAAAUUUGUUUCCGCUGCGGAAAUAUAGAAAUCACUGAAGCUCUACUGAAACAUGCUUUAACACAUAAAGAAUUAGGAGCUUGCCCGCAGCAAGCACGUGCUCUUAGAAUGUACGGAGAAUUUCUAUUGGAAACGAAUUCGCAAAGUUUCGAAUAUGUUCUGGAAAAAAUGUUCAAUAGAUCUGUCCUUUAUUUGGAAAAGAUAUUAAAAUCUCAAAAGUUUAAUACUAAUAACGACUUGAGUUUUUUGUAUUUGGAAGAUCGUAAACCCGAAGAUUUUGAAAAGGAAAACAGAAAAGAAGCUUAUCAAAUAAUCGCAAAAUACGCAGAUCGCGAGUAUGUACAAUCGAAUAUGUACAUAAACUCGGAAGAAUUUAAAUUGAAGUACCAAAUUAUACAGCAAAAUAGACAGGCAGCCGAUUCAAUUGGCAGACAAAACAAGGAUCGUGAUAUUAACCAUGGCAUAAUUCUAAUGAAGAAGUAUGCCAGUUUAGACGAAACGGAAAUCAAAUUUAUCGAAGAGAAACGCACCAAUAACCUUUGCAUUGCUGUUAAACAUUAUAUGAAAUUUUGUCAUAUUGACGCGGGAUUUUCAAAUGCAGCAAUAUAUAGAAUGAUUGCAUUAUGGUUCGCCAACAAGCAAGAUCAAGCCUUACAUAAAGAGAUUAAAGAGAAUGUGGAUAUAAUUCCAUCUUACAAGUUUAUUUGUGCUUUAAAUCAAAUAACCGCCAGGCUAAAUUCUAAACAUGACGAUUUUAUAUCCAUAAUUAAAGAAAUAUUAGUAAAGUGCUUACAGGAUCAUCCACAUCACACACUUUAUCAGCUGUAUCCGUUAAUAUUUGACGAUACAGGAGGUAAAAGUAAUAAGACUCGUUCCAAUAUAGCAGCCGAUGUUAUAACAAGAGGGCGCAACACAUUGAACGCGCAGUGUGCAAAGCAGAUGACAUUGAUGUUCCCCGCUUUAAUUCAGUUUGCAAGUGCUGAAUGUGAAAAAAGUUCAACAAUGGCGUUAUCAGAAAAAUUAAAGAAAUUGAAAAAUUUAGAGGCGGUCCAUUGUCCCACUAUUGAACUGCCAGUACUGCCACACAGGGACUACACCGUAACGAGCAUUGUAAAGUGGGACGAACGUGUAUCGUUGGUAGGGGGUAUAAACGCUCCUAAGAAGCUUGUGUGUUUGUGCUCUGAUGGAAAAUCACGUCCACAACUCUUAAAAGGUCAAGAUGAUUUACGUCAAGACGCGGUAAUGCAACAGUACUUCGCACUAAUAAAUACUCUUUUAUGUUGUGAUCCCCAAACAAGUGAACGCAAUAUUAGUAUUCGCACCUAUAAAGUCGUACCGCUUUCGAUGCGAAGCGGAAUAUUAGAGUGGUGCGAAAAUACCACACCUAUCGGUGCAUAUUUGGGUAGUGGAAGCGACAAGGUUGGUGCGCAUAAAAAAUAUCGCCCUAACGACAUCACACCACACAAGUGCCGCCAAUUAUCAAUGCAACACCUCAAAUCUGAUUUACAAAAACGUUUGCUAGUUUACGAGCAAAUAUGCGUCCAAAUCAAACCAGUUUUUCACUAUUUUCUGUUGGAAAAAUUUGUGGUUCCAGGUAUAUGGUUUGAACGUCGGCUGGCUUACACAAACAGUAUGGCUGUAAAUUCAAUGGUGGGCUUUGUAGUAGGCCUUGGAGAUCGGCACACUCAAAAUAUAUUGGUUGAUGAGAAAACUGCUGAAGUAAUUCAUAUUGAUUUCGGGAUCGCUUUUGAACAAGGGAAAAUAAUGCCAACUCCAGAAACUGUACCUUUUCGUCUUACUCGUGAUAUGAUUGCACCCAUGGGUAUUUGUGAAACAGGUGGUGUUUUUAAAAAGGCGUGCCAAGCGACGCUGGAGGUUUUGCGAAAAAAUCAUUCCACUAUUAUUACAAUACUUGAAGUUUUGCUAUAUGAUCCGUUAUAUAUUUGGAAUGUAGUACCUUCACCAACUGGUAGUAAAGAUGAUGAAAAGAACCUCACCGCGCAACGUGCACUUUUAUGUGUACAACAUAAGUUGGAAGGAAGGUUAAGUAGCAUCACAAGUACAGUCAAUACGGAUGUGCAAGUUCAACGGUUAAUAAACGACGCUGUGUCCAAACAUAAUUUAUGCCGUCUAUAUCCUGGCUGGGAUCCAUAUUUAUAGGCACUAAUUAAAAAUGUAUUUGUAUUGUUAAUUGUUGUCUAUUUUAAGUACACUUUUAUUAAAAAGAAAAUUGUUUGUAUUCAACUAA